AUGCCAUACGGGCACGCUGUGGCCGUGAUGAGGGAGAUGAACAUGGACCCGUACACCUACUGUUCAGAUUACUACACAAAAAAAAAUUGGCUGGCAACUUAUUCAGGGACAGUUUACCCAAUAGAACACCAAAGUGAGUGGGAGGUACCGGAAGAAGUGAAGAAUAUUAUAGUCUUGCCUCCACAUGAAAGAGUAAAAUCAGGAAGACCAAAAACAUUAAGAAGGAAGGCUGGAUGGGAAAAGGAUCAACACAACAAGUGCAGCAAAUGUGGUGAAUUGGGGCAUAACAAAAGAACAUGCAGCAGAAGACGUAGAAGGGAAUAA